UGUCGGGUUGGGCCCGUGCGCUCGCCCCCGAGGGGAAAGGCAGCAGGGGCGGUUGAGAAGUCUUGGCCGGACUUUGCUCCUCGCCAGGAAAUCGGCGGCGGUGAGUCCCGGCGGAGCGGAGCCGGGCGGCGUCCGCGUCAGCGCUCCCGCGGGGAGCCCGCCGCUUUCCCCGAGUGAGUUACUUCGCCUCAGUCACACGCGCGCUCCCGACGUUGGACCCAUGAGCCUGCGAGCACCGCCGACUCACAAUGGGGACAGCCAGUGAUGAGAUGGCGCCCGUGGAGCAGGCCUCCGCGGCCUCCUCCCUGGACCCCCUGUGCUUUGAGUGUGGCCAGCAGCACUGGGCAAAAGAAAACCACCUGUACAACUACCAGGGCGAAGUGGACGACGACCUCGUCUGCCACAUCUGCCUUCAGCCCCUGCUGCAGCCGCUCGACACGCCCUGCGGACACACGUUCUGCCACAAGUGCCUCAGAAACUUCCUGCAAGACAAAGACUUCUGUCCCCUGGACCACAAGAGACUUCAUUUCAAGCUGUGUAAGAAAUCCAGCAUCCUGGUCCAUAAACUCCUAGACAAAUUACUGGUUCUGUGUCCGUUUUCUUCUGUGUGCCAAGAUGUGAUGCAGCGCUGUGACCUAGAGGCACACCUUAAAAACAGGUGUCCUGGAGCCUCUUACCGGAGAGUUGAUCUAGAGAGAAGGAGAACUAGUCAGACUCAAACACAGAUUGAAGGUGAAACCGGAUCCACUGGACUGGAUCCUCCUGGCACCUCCCCCCCUGAAACGGACUGCUUGGGCACCGUGCCUGCCGAGCGGAACCCGACACCUGCGCCUCUCCCUGUGUGGCCGGAGGAGCCCGGCCUGGACAACCCUGCCUUCGAGGAGAGCGCUGCGGCCGACCCUGUACAGCAGCCGCUCAGUUUACCAGAGGGGGAGAUCACCACCAUCGAGAUCCUCCGCUCCAACCCAUACAUCCAGUUAGGGAUCAGCAUCGUGGGCGGCAACGAGACGCCACUGAUCAACAUCGUCAUCCAGGAAGUCUACCGGGAUGGCGUCAUCGCCAGAGAUGGAAGGCUCCUUGCCGGAGACCAGAUUCUUCAGGUCAACAACUACGACAUCAGCAAUGUGUCCCAUAACUACGCCCGGGCCGUGCUCUCCCAGCCCUGCAGCACGCUGCAGCUCACGGUGCUGCGGGAGAGGCGCUUCGGCAGCCGAGCGAACAGCCACGCGGACGGCAGCGCCCCUCGGGACGAGGUCUUCCAGGUGAUGCUUCACAAGCGCGCCUCGGCGGAGCAGCUGGGCAUUAAAUUAGUCCGCAGGACCGAUGAGCCGGGCGUCUUCAUUCUUGACCUUCUGGAAGGGGGGCUGGCAGCGCAGGAUGGCAGGCUCAACAGCAAUGACCGGGUCCUGGCCAUCAACGGACACGACCUGAAGCACGGGACCCCAGAGCUCGCUGCCCAGAUCAUUCAGGCCAGUGGGGAGAGAGUGAAUUUGACAAUUGCCAGACCGGGGAAGUCCCAGCCUAGCAAUGGCACCCGUGAAGCAGGAGCAGGAGCACACAGCGUCAGCCAGCAGCAUGCACAGCCACCCUCUCACAGCCGGCCAAGCUCACACAAGGACCUCACUCAGUGUGUCACAUGCCAGGAGAAGCAUAUCACUGUAAAGAAGGAGCCACAUGAGUCCCUUGGGAUGACGGUUGCUGGUGGCAGAGGGAGUAAGAGUGGUGAGCUGCCCAUCUUCGUGACCAGCGUGCCACCCCACGGCUGCCUCGCCCGAGACGGCCGAAUCAAGAGAGGUGAUGUGUUGCUGAAUAUCAACGGCAUUGACCUGACCAAUCUAAGUCAUAGCGAGGCUGUGGCCAUGCUGAAAGCCAGUGCUGCGUCUCCGGCUGUCGUCCUCAAAGCCCUGGAAGUCCAGAUUGUGGAGGAGACCGCCCAGACCUCAGAGGAGCAGCCAGGUGCUUUCAGUGAGAAUGAGUACGAUGCCAGCUGGUCCCCGUCCUGGAUCAUGUGGCUCGGGCUGCCAAGUGCCCUUCACAGCUGCCACGACAUAGUCCUCCGAAGAAGCUACUUGGGAAGCUGGGGCUUCAGUAUUGUGGGCGGCUAUGAAGAGAACCACACCAAUCAGCCCUUCUUCAUUAAAACCAUCGUCUUAGGAACCCCUGCUUACUACGAUGGGAGACUGAAAUGUGGAGACAUGAUCGUGGCCGUCAAUGGGCUGUCGACUGUGGGCAUGAGCCACUCUGCUCUGGUGCCCAUGUUGAAGGAACAAAGGAACAAGGUCACCCUGACAGUCAUCUGCUGGCCCGGCAGCCUCGUAUAGAGCUGGACGCCGCUUCCCAGUCCUGCUUCCUCGGCAGCCUCCUGAAGGAAGCCCCCUGGCGUGGCGCUUCUGCGCGUCUACAGACACGGGGCCGAAGCACUAAAGUCACCUCUGUGUCCCGCCGGGAGCUGUGUUCCAGAUGCACUCCUCGGGGGCCGCCCUCCCUCCGUGGCAGUGCCAGGAGCCUGUCAAGACUGUCACCCAGCGGGCUGGAAGCGGCUUCCCCGCCUGCAGAAGCUCGGUCAUAAAACGAUUUACACCUGCACUUCCUGCAUCCCUGGCAGCCCAGUGCAGCAUUGGCAGCACCCUGUCCUGUCAGCCCGGCUAUGAGUGACUCCGUUUCAGGUUUACUCAUUCUCCACUGGUGCCAACAUUUCAAAACUUUUUAUACCAUUUAUAAGGUGACCUUCUGGGUUGUUUCUACUUCCAUCUUCAGUACUUAAAUGAAGACAUGAAUCUAAUACCACUAGCGAGAUUUCUUUUUAAAUAAUGUACUGUGGUUAGAAUAAUAGAGAAUCAAAAAUAAUGCUGUUCAGGGACAUUGCGGCCUGGGAGGUGACUGUCCCAGGCUGGCAAAGCUGUGCUGGCUGGAAUGGCCCAGGAGCACGAAGAUUCUUUUCCAAAGGAAUGCUUUGUUAGGUAGGAAAAAUUUGAAGAUGUUCUUCUAAAAGUCAUAUCUAGAGUUUAUAUUUAUCAGCAAUCUUGUCUGGAGAUGUUUUGUGAUUUAUGCAGUUGAACUAGGUGAUUAAAAACCAUUACUGUGUUCGAUACACACACACACAUCACAGCUAAGUUGAAGGGGAGCCUUUGAUUUUGUUCCAGUGUGUUUUAGAAGUCCUUAGUUUCCCCCAAGAGACCAAAAAACUCUGUUUGUUUUUGUUUUUUUUUUUUUAAUCUGAAAUAGUAGAUUUUAGGUGUUAAUAUCUUUAGCUGUUGGUCACUAAACUUACUUUUUCUUUUCUUUUUUUUAAUGUUUUGAAAACUAUGUUUUCCUUUAUUCAGUACAGUCAUCCCUUAGAAGGCAUAAUGAGAAAGUAAAUAAGAGGAAAAUGUCUUUAUAAAUGGCAUUGAUAAUCAGAAUACGGACUGCGGCAUGGUGCUGGAGUGAGCACACUUCCUUCACAGUACGUCGCUGGCCUUCUGUCCACAUCGCUGAUGAGUCCACUGAAGUUUAUAGUUUAAAAAGCUCUUUGUGGUGAGGCGCCAGUAGUUCCUACUGCCUCGUUCACCUCUUAGCUGCCCGCGGUCACCGUGCAGCCAGCCCACCGGGGAGGGGUGCCCCGGGGAGCACUGCUGUGGGACAAUCGCCUGGGGAGCAGUUGGAUGCUGUAGUGCAAUUGACGGGAAAAAAUGCUUCCUGCUCCCCAAGUUUUGUAAUCAACCUUGCUACUUUUUAAAGACUUUGUAAAACCUGUCAUUUCUCUGGGGAGUGGCCAUCCAACAAUGUCAUAACUGCCACUUUGUUAUAUAUAAAAGUAUGUCCAACCUG